GAAGGGCGGAGUUGGAAGCAAGGUGAAGGAGUGAAGACUUUAACGAGGAAACAAAAAAAGAGAGUAGAAGAGAGAGUUAUGGGAUAUGAGAGUCCGUUUACCGACGUUGGAGGAUCCGAUGAUGCAGAUUCCGGGUCGGUUUUGCAGGUCCGUUUGCGACUCGAUAGCAUCUAUGGAAGUUACGGGUUUGGGUUGCUUCCUCUCACUCUACGAUUCAAAACUUUAAUAAAGAUGAGAAGAGUAUUAAAGAUUGAAUUAGAGUGGGCCCAAUCCAUGGAAGAGGAGCCAAUGAGCAAUGCGCACAAACCCAUCCCAUUGUGUCUUUUGGAGACACUUCGAGAAAACACUCAGUAA